UUUGUUUGGCUUGCUUUAGUUAGGCGCUGGAGCUUGCCUUCCAGAAAAAGACGGCAAUUCUUCAUGAUUGUAUUGAAUUGGCUUAACUGUUUGAUUUUCAUAAAAUUAUUUAAAAAAUAUUUAAUUUCUAUGUGACCAUUUAGCGUAUAUUAUUGUUUAUCGAUCUUGUUUCAUUCAUAUUUAAAUAAUUUGUGCUUAAAAAAGUUGUAUUCGUUGGUGAUCAAUAGUUUUUAUUUACAAGGAUAAAAGGAGUGCAUCAGUUCAUCAAGAGUAUCACGAAAUGCAAUUCCACAAAUGCUCCAGCCAUUUCCUGCCACGCACAUGAACAUGUGACUUAUAGUACGCGAUGGAAGAGGACAGUACUUGUGCCAGCGAGGUUCGGGAUCCUUUCCAAGCAGAAUCUCAAAUCAAUGGCGUCUCCAUCCCGGACAUAGCGCCAAAACCCGACAUUGAACAAACAACAGUGCCAAAUGGACUAGAAAAAGAUGAGAGUACAAAUAAAGAUGAAAGCGGAGUUGUUCUUGACGGCGAGGAAAGUAAGGGAACCGUUUUAAAUUUAAAAGAAUCGUUUGUUGAACAUGAAGUAUGCGAAGGCAACGAUGACGCGCGUUCGCUCGGAGAUCUGGACAGUUUGCCGGCAGGGGAUGAGCUGGCAUUGGGAGCGGCUGGGAGCGAUAGCGGCGUAGAAGGGUGCGGGCGUGCACUAAGCAGUGGAGGUGGCUCCAGGUCAUGCGCUUCCAGUGUAGUUUCGUGUGGAUCUGGGUGCGGCUCUGAGAGUUCAUCACUAGCGGGCGCCCCACCCAGACCACGACGUCGAGUCAACGUAACUGUGACUGAACCUAAACGCAGUUCUCCCAUCGGCACCUCCACCCCACGACCAGUCACCGCUCCUCGCGGUCCUAACCUAGCGACGCGAGAAAGAGCCCGAAGUAGAGAAAAGCCAACUCCGCCUGAAAAACCACGGCCUCUCACGCCGAAGCCGCGUAUCCGUCCGACUGGCGACCUACCUAAUCUUGUCCGAGAAAGUCCUGCAUUACGAGCGAAACCUACUAAAACUUCAACAGCUCGAUGUCGCACUCCUAAUUCACCGAGCGAAGAAAAGAGAUGGCCAGCGAAUGGCCCCCGGUUGCCACCGGCUGGAGACGCGAGUGCCACCCGAGUUGCCGCUGACAAAUAUGGAACAUUGCCAAGAAGAAGAAGAGAAGCCGACAGCGAGGGUUCUCCGAAGCAUGAAAGUACGCCUCCUUCGUCCCGACGGCCCACAGUGGUACGAUCGUCAUCGUCGCGCUCUACCACUAAGACUCGUGUCCGCAUUUACGCGGAGAAAACUUCACAGACAGUGUUGCUGGGAACUGAUGUAGAAUCUGCUUUAGCUGGGAUUGUCCCUAAUAUUGAAAGUCGCAUCACGGAGGUGUCUCGAUGUCACCGCGGCGUGCAGGUCAGCGCCCGGGACUCCGAGACAGCGCGGCUGACCGCAGCCCUAGCGGCGGCCGAGGCAGCCGCGGCGGAGGAGAAGGAGCGAAGACUCCACGCGGAGGCCCAGUUGGCGGCCGAGCGUGCGGCCCGCCUGGCUGCCAUCGCGGAACUGGAGAGCAACUCGCAGAGACUGCUUGAACUGGCCGGCGCAGGCGCCGAGGCCGGAGCAGAGGGUUGUUUGAAGGCGCUGGACGAACAACUGCGCGCUGCGCGAGAGUUGGCGGCGCGGCAACGCGGCGAAGUGGACGCUUUACGAGCCAGCUGUGAUAGACUGCAUGCCGAGGCGAGUAGCGCCCGCGAAGCGGCUCGCGUAUUCGAAGCACGUUUACACGAAGCGGAACGCGAAGCGGCCGAGAUGCAGGAGUUCCUGGCCGCGGAGACCGGCGCGCUCGGCCACUCGCUGCGGGAAGCCGAGGCCGAGCUGCUGCGGGUCAACUCCGAGCUGGAGAGGAGACGCGCGGAAUGCCGCCAGCUAGUCCGCAUGUGCGAGCAACGUCGCCAGGAAGCGCUUUCAGCGGCCGCUCGGGCGAGAUCCGCUGGAGGCGCCGCGCCCGCGUUGGACGCUUUAGCUCGACGACUUCGAGCGCUUACAGCCGCUGUGCGACACGCCUACCAUCUGCCGAGGGACGCCUUGGAACCCACCGUCUACCAUAACGACGCCUUUAGUCGCAGCGAUAGCGGCGAAGCCCUAUCGCCCGAGGAGGAGCCCCGCGGCGGUUUGCUGGCCGCCGUCACUCGAGCGCUGCGCUCCGCUCCCCCGCUCUCCACCCCCGCCGCCAAUGACGACGAACGUUCCAGAAUAUCCGAUGAUAAUGACAACUCCGCAGAUUUGCUAGACUCUGAAACUGAGCCGUGCUUGGUUACGGAUCCUGAAUAUGCUGAAGAGUGGUGGUCUGGCGCCGAAGGAACGGGUGCUUGGAGCGCGGACGAGUUAUCACCAGAGAGGGAAUCCUGUCCCGACCAUGAUAAAGAACCUGAAUCGGCAUCGGCGUCGGAGCGCGACUCGCUGCGUCUGCUCUCGGCGGCCAUCGCCCAGCGACAGCGCUCCGAGGCGGAGGACUUGGAGCGGGGGUCGCUGCUGGAGCGGGUGCUGGCGCUGGACAACCGGCUGUCGGAGCUGCUGCGGGCGCUGCGGCUGGCGGCGGGCGCGGCGGCCGCGGCCGGCGACGACGCGGGCGGCAAGCUGGCCGCCGCCUUGCGGGAUAAGAUCGACGUAACAGAGAAGAAUGUGGCGGAUGUGGUCGUGAGGAAACUAGCUGAACUCGACGCCAGCAAGACCAUGAUGGAGCAGUACAGGCAUUCUAUCGAAAAUCUCAAAAAGCAGUUAGCUCAGUCAGGUGAUGAUGAUGAUGAUUUGGAAUUUAUUGAAGAAGAAUUAAAAUGCUGUAGCGAAAGCGAGCGGCGCACCCGGUACGAAGCGCUGGACGCGGCCGCGAGCGCGCUGUCGGCGGCGGCGCGCUGGCCGCGCCUGGCCGCCGUGCGCGCGCGCAUCGAGCGCCUCGCCUUCGCCAUCGCCGCCUCGCACGCGCACGCGCACGCGCACACGCCGACGCAUAACACGAUCGCAGCUCCGUUACUCAAUACUACAGCGUAACUAGGAAAAUAUAAAUCCCUAGAAGUCUUAAGUAAAUCUUGAAUUUGCCAUCUCCACCUUCGCACACUCGCACACUGGUGUGUAUAUUGGUGUAAUGUACCAACACGAUCGAAUAACCAGUGUAAAAUCUAAAAUAAUCUUGUAUAUUCUAAGUGGGCAUGGAAGCGGAAAAGAAUGUAAACAAAAAUAUUGUUAUACAACAAAGACUUAACAAACGGCGGAUUUUGCACUUAAGACUGAUUUCCAUCUACUCUACUUUUGGAAAUGAAUGUUUGUUUGAGUGAAUGUAAAUUUCAGAAGUGGGUUAUUGAUGGUGGAAAACUUCCAUAAAAAUUAUAUUAUGUGCAUCACCAAAAGAGAGAGCUACCGUCAAAUGCUUUAUUGAGAAAUUCAAUGUUAUUGUCGAUAAUAAACUUAAAUCUGUAUUUACAUUGAUAAAUUGAAUAUUUAUUCAUAAAAUUAAUCGAUACUGUUUAUGCCAUGUAGAAUAUAAGUGUCCAAAAUUCAGAGUGGCGCAACGAUCUCCAUACACAUUUAUUUUCUAUCUUAAUAUUAAUAAUUUGAAAAGCAGUAUUUAUAUAUAAUAGACUAUAUUUAUUUUAUAAGUGCCCGCCACUCCAUCAAAUCUAUUGUUAUAAUCUCUGUAUGAAAAUACAUUUUUAUUUUAAACAAUUGACUAAUACUUCUGUUGCUCGAUUGUUGCGAUUGAUAUCCAUUCUGUUUAAAUUUCAGAUAUGUACGUAAAUUUACACAUAGAUUUAAGAAUUCAGUGAUGAAACUAACCGAAUUUAAUAUGUAUACAGCUUAAGGCACUGUUUACGAAAAUAAUUAUGUGUCAUCAUAUGAUUGCACAAUUCGGUGAAUGCAUGCAUGUUUUGUACUCUCCGAAUAAAAAUAUAUAAGCAAUUAUUCAAACCAUUAGCGUUAUAUAUGUAUGUAGUGAUGCUACUGCCUAUGAAUUUUCUGUAAUAGCUUGAUUGCCGUCCUGCCGCACUCCAUGACAAAUUUGCGAGUAGUAGAUAGAAGUUCGUGAAAUGGUAACAAAUAAUUUAGUGAAACUUCGUUGCGAAGUCUAUGUAGCAAUAGGUCACAAAUAGCAUACGUUAACGUUAGAACUGGCAAAGUUUUAUGUGGAAAAACUUCUGAUGUUGGACUUUUUGGAUGUUGCAGUGUCUGUGUGCUAACGUGCCAAUAGAAUUUGAUGAGGAUAUAAUGUAGAUUUUAUUUAGGUCAUAAAUAAAGCAAGCAAAAUUUCACGAUUAAUGUUUCGCCAAAUCAGAAACUCUGUAGUCUGAGACGUCACAGAAAUGAAAAAGUAUCCGAAAGAUGAUGAAUGUCUAAAUAAAAUAAUAUUUAAGUACAGGUCACAUUAUAAGUGUUAGAUUUAGAAAUUAUAUAAAUAACAUGAAGCUAGAAUAUUUAAUUUUGAGUGAUCUCAACAUGCGUGGAAUGUACAAAGUUAUAUUCAGUGCUUAAUGCUCUGUCUCUCUCACACUUAUAAAGUGCUAAUUACGAGGCAAAAUGUAUCUCAUAGCGCACAAUCAGAAGCAAUGCUUUCGCGUAUUUUAACGAUUUGACGCAUUGCUACAAGCAAUUUACCCAACACAUGUGCACAGGCCCUUGUUAUUUCUGUAAACGAUGAAAUCACUUCUGCCUUCGUAAAUUAAGGAUUUUCGUAAAUUUUCAUUCCUAAACGCAUUUAAAAUAGUCUUAAUAUUUUUAAGACUGUUCUUUUUUUACUAAAACUUUUUCUGAAUUUAACACAGCUUUGAGUAUUUUAAGUGCCAUUAGUGUUAAGUCGCAUCGCAUGUGCGGUCCCAGUUAUGGGUUGGAAUGUAACCGUUUAACUUCUAAGCGUUCUAAAUCACAAAAUAUUAUUUUAACAGAUAUUAUGUACAUAAAAUGGAUGGUCUAUUCUUGUCAAAAUGUUGUUUAGCUCUAGUCAAAUCUGAUUGUUAAAAAGGCGAAUUAUUAUUUGCAAUGCUAUUUUUUAUUGAAUGAAGCUCUGGCUUUCCUUUAUUUUUGAAUGAUUGGAAAAUAGAAAUUAUAUUGAAAUGAGACUGAAAUUGUAUUUACGUUGAGAUGUUGAUGGCAGAGUGUAUGUGUAGUUAGAACAAAAUUCAUAUCAAUAUGUGUUUCUUAAUUUCAGUAUAUCUUUGUUGGUAGAAGUACAAAACGGCUAACUGUUCGUCCAGCCCUAACGUCGCUUGCUUCCGGUGCUAAAUACAAAAGAUUAUUAAACAGUGAAAUCAACAUUUGUAGUACUAAUUUUGAAGUAAUUAAUUUUGAAUCAUGUGAUGUAAAUAAUACGUAUGUAAAUAAAUAUAUUGAGAAUCUA